AUGGCUGGCUUAAGUCGAGGUCAGCCCCUCAUGCCUGGCGCCUUUGGACCUGAAGAUUAUAUCGACUUUUAUGAGAAUCCCUUUGAAAUACUCGACAGCUUAGAGUCUGCCUGGGUUACCAGAAAACCACGAGUUUCUUGGUCCAUCAACAACUUACCAGCCCUUGACGAUGUCGACUUUGACUGGCAUAAAUAUGACCCUCCUGGUGCACUGAAGAAGGCCCCCAACAUCACGUCUCAGAUUCUCCUCGAUAUACUGCAAUCGUCAAUUGAGAAUAUCAAGGCGAGGAAUGCUGAAGAGGAUCGCCAGAAGAAAGAACUCGAGGAUCAACGAGAACUUCAAGAGACUGAGAAAGGCAAGAACAAGGAGCCGUAUCUGCCUAUUAUCAUUCCUGUUGACAAACCUGUCGAGGAAGAGACCAGCAAAGAGACACCCAAGAUCAAACCUGAAAUUCUCUUGACAACUUUCGGACCUAGCGUUGCUGCUACGAAGACCGAGGCCAAGGCAAACAAGAAACGACUCGCUGCACUCCGACGCUUUUUCCAGCGCAAUAAUGAACGAGGUGAGAGUAGUGUUACAGGCGCAGCUCUUGCAACUUUACAAAAAGAAGCUGCAGAGGUCGAAGUUAGUAGAGAUAGCUUCAGUCGUUCGGUAAAGACCAAAUCUAUUGAAGAAGUUGAGUGUGUGUCCUGUCUAGAUGACUUUCAUCCCAAGGACGUCAUCAAAGUACCUUGUCAUAGUUAUUGUCACGAGUGCUUCGUCCGGCUCGUUUCUGCCGCAUGCCAGAAUGAGCAACAGUGGCCGCCUAAAUGCUGCCUGAACGAGGUUCCAAUCAAAAUCAUCCUGCGAUUCAUCCCAUCUAACCUCAAGAAGACGUUUGAGGAACGCUCCAAAGAGUGGGAGUUGCCCAUCAGUGAACGAGUUUAUUGCAGCGAACCUAACUGUAGUUUAUGGAUAAAGCCUAAGAAGAUUGACCCCAGCCGGCGUCAGGGCCUUUGCGAUCGCUCCCACCGAACAUGUACUAUGUGUCGAGGACCGGCACAUGCAGGACAAGAAUGCCCCCAGGACGUUGAUAUGAACCUUACAAAUCAACUGGCUGAGGACGAAGGCUGGAAGAGGUGUUCCAAAUGCCAUGCUUUGGUUGAGCACAGAGAGGCUUGCCAGCAUAUGACCUGUCGCUGCGGGAACGAGUUCUGCUAUGUAUGCGAGAGACGUUGGCGAACAUGCAGCUGCACAAUGGAGCAGCUUCAAGAAGUAAAAGAUGGAGCGAAUGCUCGAAGAGAAGAAAGAAGGGUCAACGAACUAGCGGAAGCUGAGGAGCUACGACAAGCUCUUCUGCAGAUCGAAGAGUAUGAGCGCGAGGAAGCUCUCAAGGCUGAAUUAUUACGACAGGAACAGGUAAGACUGGAGGAGGAACGGCGACAGCGUGAGCUCGAAGAAAGGGUAAGACAAGAAAGCAUUCGACGGAGAGACAUCGAAAUCAAAUAUCAAGAGCUACGGAUUCUACUCGACCAAUUACAUGAGUUGCAGCAAGUAUUACUCGAUGUUGACCAGGAAAAAGAGGGUGAAAAUAUGGUCAUCGAUUCCGAGAACGCCAAAGAUGAGUUGCAAAAGAAGCACGAUUUGGAAAGGUCCGAGUUGACAGAAGCUAUCUCGAAAAAGAUGAAUGAGAAGGAAUGUGCUUUGAACAAAGACUUCCAGAUUCGAGCGUCCGAGGAGAAUGACCUCGAACAAGCCUAUCACGACCGACUCAAAUAUUAUUGGAAAGACAAGAAAGAUGGAGACAAGGAGAUAGAAACUGCAAUGCUCGACUUGAGAAAGCGUAUGGACCAGAAGCAACACGCAUGGCAGAAGUGGAAGACCGAGCAACUGAAGAACUUGGAGGCCAAACUACAAGACAAUAGGACUUACAGAGAAGAACUCAUGUAUAGUGCCAGGCACCGACUUGAGGAUUCUUUCAAAGAGAAGGAGACGGAAAUGGUGAGACGCAUGGCAGCUGAGAAGAAGUGGCUAGAGGCUGUGGUAUUGGAAAGGGAGAAGCUGCUCAGUGAAUGGGAGGUUGAGGAGGUUGAAGGUGAUGCAGAUAGUAUAUUCGCACCAGAAUCAGAAAGUUCUGGGGAUGAGCAUUAUGUCUUCGGAAGUGCAUCAUAG